AUGGAACCGGGGGGAUUUUGGGGGGGGACGGCGAUCCCGCUGCUGUUCACGCUGUUCGAGCUCGGGCGGAACCCGGAGGUCCAACGGGCGCUGCGGGAGGAGCUGCGGGCGGCGGGGGGGGACCCCAAAAGGGACCCCAAAAACGACCCCAAAAACGCCCCAAAUUCGGGGGUCCCCAAUUCGGGGGUCCCCAAAAGGGUCCCCGAGGGGGUCCCCAAUGAGGGGGUCCCCAAAAGGGUCCCCGAGGGGCCGCGACCCCUCCCCGAACUCUUGGGGGCGCUGCCGCUGCUGAAAGCGGCGAUCAAAGAGACGCUGAGGCUGUACCCAGUUGGAAUCACUGUCCAGCGCUAUCCGGCCACCGACGUGGUGCUGCACAACUACCGCGUGCCCAAGGGGACGCUGUGCCAGGUGGCGCUCUACGCCAUGGGGCGCUGCCCCGACGUGUUCCCGCAGCCCGAGCGCUACGACCCGUGGCGCUGGCUGGGCAAGGACGACACCACCUUCAAGGCCUUGGCCUUCGGCUUCGGCGCGCGCCAGUGCAUCGGCCGGCGCCUGGCCGAGGCCGAGAUGAUGCUCUUCCUCGCCCACGUUUUGGGUAAUUUCUCGGUGGAGGCCGCCAGCGCGGAGGAUCCCGGCACCGUGUUCCGCUUCAUUCUGAUGCCGCAGCGCGCGCCCCUGCUCACCUUCCGCUGCCUGCCCUGAGCGCGGC